AUGUCCUUCAUCAUCAGUGUGUCGUGGAUCACAUGGUUUUGUGGUCUGAGAGGGAAUGAAUUCUUCUGCGAGGUUGAUGAGGAGUACAUACAAGAUCGCUUCAAUCUUACUGGCCUCAACGAGCAAGUGCCCAAAUAUCGUCAGGCACUGGAUAUGAUUUUAGACUUGGAACCUGAGGAUGACAUGGAUGACAAUCCAACCAACACUGAUCUAGUUGAACAGGCAGCGGAGAUGCUAUACGGGUUGAUUCACGCCAGAUACAUUUUGACCAACAGGGGAAUCGGGCAGAUGGUGGAAAAAUGGCGUGAUCAUGAUUUUGGCGUCUGCCCCCGAGUGUACUGUGAGAAUCAAGCUAUGCUCCCUAUUGGAUUGUCGGACGUUCCUGGAGAAGCCAUGGUGAAGCUAUACUGCCCACGAUGUUGUGAUGUGUUCAUUCCGCGGUCAUCCCGUCAUUUACACACGGAUGGAAGUUACUUCGGGACUGGUUUCCCUCACAUGCUGUUCUUUGUUCAUCCUGAACUUCGUCCUCGCAAACCGGCUACUCAAUUUAUACCCAGGUACGCAAUGCUCAAUGCUUAA